GUGCUUUUUGUCUUUUUAGAUUCCCCUCAAAAAUAUGAUCUCUCAGAUGGAGGAGGAGACCAGCAAACAACUUCACCACAAGCUGAGCCUCGAAGAAGCCGUGGAGCAGAUGAAUUCCGUCCUUUUGGAUAAGGAGACUGAGAUUAAACAGUUGAACCAGCAGCUGCAAAAACUGACUGAGCAGGUGGAGCAGGACACCGAGGAACUGAAGAGGAAGGAGGAGAGCUGGGCGCUGGAAGUGCAAUCCCUCGAGGACCGGAAAUCCGCCUUGGAGAAGACGACGGCGGAGGACGUGGAGAAAGUGUCUGAGGAGCUGAAGGCGGCGCAGCAACAGUAUCACUUUGUUGUUCAAGAGAAGACUGAAGAGAGACGCAGGGUGGUCUCCAAUCUGAAUGUCAUCCUAGAGAUGGUGACCAACUAUUUGUCAAAGAUGGAGCACACCCUGGCAAAGCAUAAGGAGCAAGUGGACAGAGACCACCAGGAAUGUGUGGCGGAUGAGUCUGUCAAGAAGCUCUCGGAAAUGUUCCAGAGCUCCAAAGAGAUGUUUGACUCGCUGGGGUCUGCGGAGGUGUAGCUGUGUGUCGUAUGUAUUAAAGGGGGGGUUACUUUGG